AUGCAAAAGAAGCUGUUGCCCCAACAAGACUACACGAUACAACUGUCGAUCCUCGAGAGAAAUAACACCGAGCGUCUUUUCAUGGCCUGGCAAGAGCAGCAGAGACAUGGUACAUUCCCAAACCUAUCAGAUCAGACAGAGCAAGACGAACCGAACAUUUGGCGGACAGAGACAAUGAAGUGGACCUUACAAGAUUACCAAAUGAAAAAGAUGUGGGUUGAUCAAAAGAACUACGAAAUAGAAAUGAUGCUCCUGGAGCAAAAGAACAGGAAGCGAUUAUUGACGGCCUGGGAAGAGCAUACCAAGGAUACCCUAGGAGGUCAGACAGAGAAAACCCAGAAUCCGACGCCGACAUUGAACUCGAGCAUACAGAACAACAAAUGCGAUAGUACUUCGCAGGAUCAGGAUCAGUUGCAAAUGAGACUUAUGCUACUUGAGUAUGAAAAUAAGAAGCGUUUGAUGAUGACACGAGGAGAAUCUCGGGCACCUGAUGCAUCUUCAAACCUAGCAAGCCAGGCUGAGCAAAAGACGCAAAACUUGAACCUGGGAACAACCACGAACCGGACUAUAUAUGAUUAUCAGAUGCAAGUCUUGCUGCUUGAGCAACAAAAGAAUAAACGCAUGGCAGAUUUCCGGCAGCAGCAGGCGAAUGUGGAAUAG